UAAAUUGUUCAUAAUGGAGGCGAUGUGCAGAAUUUACAGGUGUACAAGCGAAUCAUUAGAAGACAUAUAUUCCUGGAGUAACAGAAAACGUACGAGGUCAACCAAGACCUGGCUUUCAUGAUUAAGGAUUGUACAGGAACUCUUGUUAUGCGCGGAGACGCCUUGCCUCAAAAGAUUUGCCCGCCAUGUCAAGAGUGGGCCAGAUCUGCAUUUCGAUUUAAGGAUAUGUGCCAAAAAAGUUAUGAAUAUUUCUUUUUAAAAGUUACAAAUGCAAAAAGUAAGCUGCUCAACGAGAGAGGACGUACCAAUUAUGGAGCAAGAUGAGAUAAUAAAGGAAGAGUACAUCAUACAGGAACAGCGAUAUUUGGAUCCAAGCGACCAAUAUGGUACAUAAUAAUGAACUUCAUGAAAACACGAAUGGCGCUAAAGAAACCAAAGGGUAGAUUCAAAGGAUGCUGACAUUAAACUGUAGAAGUGCCACCGUAACUCCCACACUAAAGAUCUAGAGUCCACUUCUAAAACGAUGUGUGGCGGAGAAAAACCUGGUGUCUUUUGUGCAGCGGAAGCGGGGGGAGUUGGUUGGGUCAGAGGAGGUGACCAAUUCAAUGGAUUGGUCAGCCUAUGCCGCAAGGCAGUUGGCGGCUCCUCUGAUCGGGCCAACUCAACCCGUCAAGACGCGGCCAUUGGUGUUGGAGGAGGAAGCAUAGUAUACCGAAGUCUUCGUGGAGCGGAGCUUCCGUACCUCGGAUUUCUUUAAUCAAAAUCAUGUCCACUCAAUUGCAAGAUAUUGCCAUUUUACCUGAGUUCCCCGACACAGUCAAAAUGCCGCAAUUUGAUAAAUUAUGGAUGUGUCUGUGUUCGCUUCCCGGCAACAUACGAAAUGGUGAUAAUUUUCUCAGUUUCCUGCGACGUUUUACUGAAUAUAUAAAAACACGUUUACGUGUCCAUCUGUGCGGAUCGUUUGUCCAGCUUGUAGCGUACUCCAAAAAUUACUCACCUGACUGAAUUUGGUGCCCUAACUCUGUAGAUAAUACAUUCAACGUUUCGACACAUCAACGUUUCGACAGCUCGACAAGUCUCCGAACUGGUGGACUAAUCUUUGGUAAAUUUGUAACUCGCAAAUAUAUGUCCUUUGUCUGGUAAGCAAUGGAAAUGAUCCGCUGAGAAAAAUCUCUUCGAAUCAGAGAUUUAAUCUGAAGGAUGGGGUAAAUAAUUACGAGCAAGCUUAUUAUGGAUACGGCAUGGAUCUGUUGUACCAUCGUUUGGACUUGAUUCAAAAAUCUGCCGGAACUUGUCAAUACUUUCGCCAAAUGACCACCAUGGCUUAAUUGUUUGGUUCUGCUUGACCCCCUCAUAAGGAAGCCAACAAAAGAUACUCGUACUUACCCAAUCUCAAACAAUUGCUCAUAAGUCAUUAUAAUGAUAGAGCGCGAAAUUAUCCACACAACAACAGCCUCGAAACGAAUUUUUGAUGUUCUACAAGAUGUUUCACAAUUUCUAAUACUUUUCCUAAAAGUUUCUUUAGAGUUGAUAGUCAGGAUUUUGCAAUACGUUUUACCAAAAAAACUGAAGGAUAUCAAUGGCGAAAUCGUUUUGAUAACAGGAACUGGUCAUGGGAUUGGUCGGGAACUGGCUCUUCACUAUGCUGGAUGGGGUAGUACUGUGAUAUGCCUGGAUAUCAACGAAAAAAACAACUUAGAGACGGUAGAGAAAGCAAAACGUCUUAAUGGUGGAGCCGUCUUUAGUUUUAUAUGUGAUGUUUCUAAACGCGACCAGGUAUUUGCUUUAGCGGAUCGUGUUAAGACUGAGAUUGGCCCAAUUUCAGUCCUGGUGAACAAUGUCGGAAUAAUGCCCACUCAUCCAUUAAAUCAACAAUCGGAGGAAGAAAUUCAGCGGGUGUUUGAUGUAAAUGUGUUCUCACAAUUCUGGACUAUACAGGCAUUCCUAGAUCAUAUGAAGGAACGAAAUCGUGGUCAUAUCAUUUGUCUGUCUUCAAUAGCUGGAAUUGUGGGCCUAUCGAAUCUCGUUCCCUAUUGUGCCACCAAAUUUGCUGUUCGUGGAAUGAUGGAGGCUCUCCAUGAGGAAUUACGCGAAGGACCUUUCAAAAAUCUAAUAAAAACAACUACAAUAUUCCCUUAUAUGACCAAUACUGGUUUGUGUAAGCAUCCCAAAGUGAAAUUUCCUUCCAUUUUGGGACUUUUAGAUCCCAAAGAUGUCGCCAGACGCAUAGUGGAGGCCCACAGAUCGGAUUGUCUAGAAAUAACCAUUCCUAGCAGUCUAUUGCAUAUCAAUAAUUGGACCCGACUACUUCCAGAUCAAUGUGGCUGUCUUUUAAAAGAUUAUAUAGAUUCUGGUGUGGAAUCCGAUUUAAAGUAGUUUUUAUUUUCUUAUUUUCUGUGCUUAUAUGCUAAGAAAACACAUUUGUUUAAUUAUCCUUUGUAUCUUGAGGUAAAUUUGAAAUAGAUUAUGGAAACGUUGUCAGAAUGA